UUUAAAUUUAAAUACCUGAAGGAGUCAUGGCGGAGAUAUUUAUGGCCAGAGUAGCAGAUCAGGCUGAGAGGUACGAAGACAUGGUUGAAUUCCUUAAAGAAGUCAUCGACACUAAAUCUGAAGAUCUCAGCAUUGAAGAAAGAAAUCUCCUUAGUGUUGGUUUUAAGAAUUUUAUCAGUUCUUCCAGAUCAGCUUAUAGAGUUAUAGGCACAAUUGAAACAAAUUCUAAGUACAAGGACUACACUGAAGACUGUAAGGCUUAUAAAAACAAAAUCCGCGAGGAACUUGAGCAGAAGUGUAUGAAGGUAAUUGAGAUUGUCAAGACCAAAUCUUUACCAAAAGCUACUGAGAAAGAAUCAAUCACCUUCUAUCACAAAAUGAUUGGUGACUAUUACAGAUACAUCGCAGAAAAUUAUGGUCCUGACAAAGAUCCUCCAAACUUAGAUUCUAUAGGUGUCAUGGGCAAAGUUUCUGAGUAUUACGAACAAGAGAAAGAUUCUGAAAACCCAGUUUUGUUCGAAAGCUCCAAAGGAGCUCUUGAGCAUUAUGAGAAGGCAACUAAAGCUGCUGCGGAUUUGAAGCCUUACAACUCAACUAAACUAGGACUUGCACUCAAUUGUUCAGUCUUCUACUAUGAAAUAAAAAGUGAUAUUCCAAAAGCAUGAAAGAUCGCAGAAGCUGCACUUGAAGAUGCCAAGAAGAGCAUUGAUAAUAUGGACAAUGAAGACGCUAGAGAUUCUUUAUCAAUAGUCGAGCUCCUCAAGGAAAACCUCUCCCUCUGGCAAGAAGAAAACGUGGAUAAUUAAUAACAUAUA